AUGGGAUCCUUGAAUGGGGACAACCGUUCGAGUUUUCCCUCUACUCUUCAAAAGCCUGAGGCUGCCUUUCAUCUCCAGGAAGGAAUUACGUUGCUUCUGUCCCGAUGGCACGGUCUUCAAAUGGCUGUCCAAAACCAAUGGGGUGGCCACGAUUCCUUUCAGAAAUCCCAACAGCUUGCCGCUGAUGUCUUCUCUUGGUUCUUUCAAUCCAAAGCACUUGAGAUAGAAGAUUUAGAAAAUUUGCUUCAUGAAAGCAUGCUACUAUCUCUAAAUACAGAGAUUGAGGAUGGAAGCAUUGAGGAGGUAGCGGAACAGUUGAUGAUUAUGUAUGAAGAAUACUUGCAUGGAAAUCAUUAA